AUGGCCCUUUUAGAGGCACUUAUUGGCAAGGCACAGAAGGACCUUCACGAAUUGCUAAAUCGACAUCGAGCAUUGCGUGAGAGUAAAAACAUGGUGCACGAGCCCAUAGUACGCCGAUUUCCUCCUGAGGUUUCAGCCAUGAUAUUCCAGUUAGCUCUGCCGAAUGCGCGCAUAGGUAGUCGUCUGGGUUUGCAAGAAUCAAAACCAGUCACAACCCCAUUCACCUUUGGCGCUGUGUGCAGAACUUGGAGAAAUGUCGCCUGGAGUUCUCCCUAUUUAUGGAGUCAAAUUUCAAUCAACAUAGGCCCGAUUCUGCGAAAUAAUAUAUCCUAUUUUGAUGUCGUCAAAGGCUGGUUCGACAGGACAGGCGAACUGCCACUGACAAUCUUCCUAUAUUCGAAGCGCGAAGUCUUUGACCGAACUCUCUCUCUAACUGACCGUACUCACUCCACCUCUGAUGAACUCAAAUCUCUUGCGACUCUCAUUAAUGGACAUCUUUUCCAAUGUCGCGAGUUGGAAAUCAAUUGUUCACGCACGGUAUUACCUUACUUGCGCGGAAAUACCCCGAUCCUUCAGAGACUGAGAGUGACAUCUGACUUUCCUUGGUCUUCGUACCAUAAUUGUGAGUAUAGUGGCGUAUUCCACUUGGACAACACGCAACUUCACAAUAUUCGCGUUUACCUGAAUAGAUGUGCUCUUGAAGCCAUAUCGAUUGACUGGAAAAAUGUUACUCACUUCGAAGGGGCUGUUAUAUCGAUGCAACAAAUUUUCGACAUAUUGGCUGCAUGCCCACUGCUGAUCGAAUGCUCACUAAACCUGAUCAACUCUUUCGGUGAACUCAUCCCCUCCAAUUUAAAAGCAAAUCAAACGAUGAAAUCCUUCAAAUUGGAAAGUGAAACUGGCUACAUGUCAAACAUACUCGUGUCAAUGGAAUUCCCAGUCUUAUCUCAUUUGGAACUGAAUACGAGGGGUACCAUUCUACCUCAUGCACAAAUUCACUCAUUUUUGAAAAAAUCCACGUGCAAUCUCACAUCUUUGACCUUAAAAAACAUUCAAAGCGACGGGGAAGAUAUCAUAGUUGCGCUGAAAGCUAUGCCCUCAAUCCGUAAAUUGGAACUCUUGGGAAGCGAUUUUACAGAAUAUGAACCAGAAAUCUUGUUCACUUAUUUCGGCAACACGACCGUUCCCCAGGAUGACCAAGAGCCCUUCCUUCCAGAUCUACUAGACCUUACUAUUGAAUUCUCCGCCGAUAUCGGCUUUCUUUGGACCCAUAUACCAGUGAUAUUCGGCUCGACAUCUGAUAUGAUUCACCCGCGUAGGCGCCCGCUUAAAUCACUACACGUCAUCCAUAAGUGGUCUUUAGGAAACCAUUGGGCUAGACAGAUCCCAGCAACAACCAGAGUAUCGGAAAAAUUGAGUAACGAUAUCGACAAGAGCGUUACAAUACAACUUCUUCAGAUCGCGGCGGCUGGAGUAACUUGA